AUGGAGAAUCCAUCUUUCCAUCGUGAGGUGGCCCAAGGCCUAGCGCAUUUCUACACCAAGUUGUCCACAACGCCUUACCUGUCACCUAACGACAUCCAACAUCCCCCGCCCGAGGGAUGGAGCGACGCUGAGCUGGACAUGGAUGGCCUACGAACCACAUUAGGUCGAUCCAAUACCGCUGUGGACCUUCUACGCCACCUUCCCUACGUGCGGCCUGUCGACAUAGGCCCUCAUACGGGUCAGUGGCCCAUCUUCCCGAGAACCAAGGCCAUGCGUUACCUGAGGGAAUAUGGCUCGCUGGUAGAUGGGAAUCUGGAGGGCUUGUUCGAGCUCGCCCACCUUCCU